AUGAAGAUACAGAUUUCGGGUGACUAUCUGCCUUACUAUCGGAUGAAUUUGCGCCGAAGACCACGUCCUUAUCCUCGGAUGAUGAUUAGAAGAUUUCCUUCACGGCCAGUAUUCGCAAGAACAAGGGUACCCCAUAUUCCUGUGAGUGGACGACAUCGAUGGCACAGUGAUGAUGCCAGUGGAUUCAGUAACGCAAGAGCCACGAAAAAUGGAAAGGCUACGGCCAUUACCGAUGGCGACGCAGACAUGGUUGUCUCCGUCACCAGCUCCACUACCACCGCCGCCUACAACGAGCCAGUCGUCGUCAUCCACAACGGUUUUGCCUCAGAAUCACUUGCGCCUAGAAUGAAUACUCAGAAAGAUAGCGAUGAGCAGAAGUAA